AUGACUGGGGAGCAGGUCCCGUGUUCUCGAAGGGCCUCUCUGGAGCCCCUGCACGCCAAUGGAGGCCUGGGCCGCCGCGAGUCACAGGGCUCCGUGUCCUCCACGGGGAGCCUGGACCUGCCGGAGGCCUGCAGGACCUUGGUGCCAGAGCGGGACAAGGCCACCAAGCCCUGCUGCAUCCAGCUCCCCGACGGGACGUCUUGCGUGGUGGUCGUCAAGCCGGGGCUGUCCAUCAAAGAGGUCCUGGCUGGACUCUGCGAACGACACGGCAUCAACGGGGCUGCCGUUGACCUCUUCCUGGUGGGCGGGGACAAGCCUCUGGUGCUGCAUCAGGACAGUAGUAUCUUGGAGUCUCGGGACCUGCGGCUAGAGAAGCGGACUUUGUUUCGGCUGGAUCUGGUUCCAAUUAACCGGUCCGUGGGACUCAAGGCCAAGCCCACCAAGCCCGUCACAGAAGUGCUGCGGCCCGUGGUGGCCAAGUAUGGCCUGCACCUGAACGAGCUGGUGGCCAGGCUGAGUGGAGAGAAGGAGCCUCUGGACCUUGGCGCGCCCAUAUCAAGUCUGGAUGGGCAGCGGGUCAUCUUGGAGGAGAAGGAGCCCUCCAGAGGAAAAGUACCCACAGAGAAACAGAAAAGUGCACCAGCCAAACAGAAUGCAGCUGUAAAUUCCAGUUCCAGAAAUCACUCGGCUACGGGAGAGGAGAGAACACUAGGCAAGUCUAAUUCUAUUAAAAUAAAAGGAGAAAAUGGAAAAAAUGCUAGGGAUCCCCGGCUUUCAAAGAGAGAAGAAUCUAUUGCAAAGAUUGGGAAAAAAAAAAAUCAGAAAAUUAAUUUGGACGAAGCAGAGGAGUUUUUUGAGCUCAUUUCCAAAGCUCAGAGCAACAGAGCAGACGACCAGCGUGGGUUGCUGAGGAAGGAGGACCUGGUGCUGCCCGAGUUCCUGCGCUUACCGCCCGGCCCCGUGGAGCUGGCCCUGCCCUCGCCCACCGCCGCCAAGAGCUUUGGCAAGAGAAGCUUGACCAGCAACGGCAAGGAGAAGGCUCCCCGGCCCCCAGAGUCCUGGGGGCCCACCCGACACUGCCGCGAGAGCCCCGCGACCAGCCCCAGCUCGGCUGACAGCCCGCCGUUCAGUGCCCCCCAGACCCCCUCGCCCCACUCCCAGGAAGCCGAGGACGGGGGCGUCCAGACCAUGGAGGGCGAGCACGUGGCUGACCUGACGCUCAUGGGGGAGGGGGACAUCAGCAGCCCCAACAGCACUUUACUGCCGCCCACCCCCACCCCGCAGGACUCGGCCGGACCUCCGAGACCAGGCGGCAGGGCCAGAGGCAGCCAGGGCCUCCCGGUCAACACCAUCAUCGACGUGGACCGCAUCGCGGGCUUGGCCCCCGGGCUGGGCAGCAGCGUCCCCGGGGUGCGGACAGGCCCCCAGAGGUCAUGGGCCAGUGGGCCUCUGACAGCAGACCUCCCUAGCCUGAGCCCCGUCCCGGGUGGGCCCGCCAAGCCCAAGGCCAGCCCGCACCAUGCGACCUUCGUCUGAGGCUGCCUGAAGCCCUCCCUGCCCCACCAGCUGUCCCUCCUGCCCCCGCAUCGGCGCUGCCCCACCUGGACAUGUGCGGGCGCCCGUGAUCUCGGGGGUACAGCCCCGAAUCAUCCUGAGGGCCUUGGAGGGGCCCCCUUGGCCACCCUGCCUUCGGGAGCCAAACCAGGAGAGGGCAGGGUGGCCCGGCCUCGGACACUGGCCACAGCUCUCUCAGAGGGCUCCUCGGACCCUGUCCCCUCCUGCCUCUCGGCCUCCAGUCUUCCCUCAAUAAAUCAACUUUGGGGAUCC